AUGAAUUCUUCAUUGGUGUUUUUCUUAAUUAUCACUCACCUUAAUCCAACUUUAGGAUACAUCAAACAUGAUACUGGAUAUUUCACAUAGAUGGAUUAUCGUGUUACAGGAUUUGUCUGUAUGAAUUCAUUUUCUAAAUCAUACACUAUUGCUUUUUCAGGAACUUUUUUGAAUAUCCCUCAAGUAUUUUUAAUCUUGGAUUAUUACGAUUUGCAUUGGGGUUUUUAGGAAUACUAAUUGUCUAUCACAAGCAUUACUUUGACAAGUAAUUUUUAAAUUUAUUUUAGACUUCGAUCUUCUAAUAAAAUGUAUUGCUGAGAGAGUUUAUGCCAUCUUCCUUAGAUGGUAUGCUAUUGAUGAUUAUAGAAUCCAAGUUAUUAAUAGCUUUAAUUUAGCAGAUCCUCCUACAAUUAAGAUUUUCAAUCAUUAAUUGCCAAAUGCUGUAUCUGCAAUUGUUAUUCCAACAAGUCUAUCGUUAAUUGGCUAAAUAGAUUUCGUUGCUUCUGUAAUAUUAAUUUAGUUAAAAUAGGUUUCAUAACUUACCUCAACAACAGUUACAAUAUCUAUUAGUUAUGUUGCAGGAAAGUUCGAAAACCUAAAAUAAUUAGGUUACUAAAUUAUUUUAGGAUCAGAUGAGAUGUUAAAUAUUCUUUAAACUCAAGCUAUUACAUCAAAUUACAAUAGUGAAUAAUUUGCAAGAUAAAAAAAUAGCUGGCUUUUGGUACCAAUUGUAGGUUUAAAAUAUUCAAUACUUAAUUAUAAUCUUAGAUUCAACAAAUAAUAUACAUACACAACAACUACAGCAUCCUUUUCAAUUUCUGAAGGGACUAUGAUUCCUAAUACAUUUUAAAUAGUUUGGAUGACAUAUAUUACGUAUAAAGCAAUGGAAUGUUAAGGUAUGAGAAUUUCAUCGAAGUUCGAUUGUGAAGCAUCAGCUAGAGGGCCUUUUUAUAUAUAAAUUGAAGAAACAAAUUAAAUUUUCAAUUCUAUUGGUGUAUUUUCAACUACUAUUAGUUCAAUUUAUACAUCUCUCCAAAUAAAUAUCAUUGCUAAAUGUUAAAAUGACAAAAACAUGUCGAGCAAGUUUCAUAAAUGCAAUAGCUGUACUUCUGAUUAAUAAACUUAUUUUUUCAAUCAUUAUUGCAUUCCGAAUAUAAAUUAAAUUUCUUAUUUUACUAGAUUUAAUAUAGUUGAAUCAGUUAAUUAGCAACUUUCUAUCACUAUUACUGAUACAAGUUGCUUGAUUGCAUAGGUAUUUGAUAAUUUAGUUAUUUCUAAUACCAAUAUUGUGGAUGUUAAACUAGUUCAAUUUUGA